AUGCUGUCCGCCGCCAUUCAGAUUCUGGCGUUUGCCCUGGCGCUCCUUGGCGUCCUUGGCGCCACCGUAGCCACUCUGCUCCCCAACUGGAAGGUGAGCAUCGACGCCUGGUCCAGCCUCAUGACCCCCAUCUCGCAGAUGCAGGGUCUGUGGACGGACUGCGUGUGGUACAGCGCCGGCGUCUUCAGCUGCACCGUGAAGAGCUCGGUGCUGACGCUGCCGGCGUACCUGCAGACCACGCGGGCUGCCAUGGUUCUGAGCUGCACGGUGGCGUCGUUUGGACUCUGCCUCGCCUCCCUGGGGCUGAAAUGUACCCGCUGGGGGGGCGACCACCGAGCCAAGGGGCAUACGGCCAUCGCCGCCGGGGGCUGCUUCGUCCUGGCCGGCCUCCUCUGCCUCGUCCCCGCGUCCUGGUUCACCAACGAGGUCAUCACCGCCUUCCUGACCACGGACCUGCCGCACAGCAGCAAGUACCAGCCGGGGGGGGCUCUGUGCGUCGCGUUCGUCUCCGCCGGCUUCCUCCUCGCUGGGGGGGUCCUCUUCUGUUUGUCUUGUCCCGGAAGGAGGACGGGACGACCGGACCACGCCUCCUCCGGUGGGGGGGGCAGACCGGUGCGGUGCUAUGACCGGCAGCCGAAAAAAAGACUCAACAGAAGUGUCCAGCUGCAGCUCCACUCGUCUGCAGAAGACGUCCGGGACAGCUACUGUCUCCGAGAGUACGUCUAGUCCUCAAGCCUCAGGGACGGGUCUCUGAAUGAGUCUGUCCAAGGUCUCAGAAGAAAGGACAGAACAACCAACAGACACGACAACUGACACUCUGACAACUGAAGCAGCUUAACCAA